GCCACGGGGCGGACACAGCCGGGCCUCGGCUCGCCCCUGCGGUUUCUGCCGGUCUGGGGGAAAAACUGCACCUUGUAGUUUAAUUUGCAUUUUUGUUAUUUUGCAAUAACAAAGUUGGAGCUGGGCGUCUUCUUGCGAUGAAUUUAAAAUACUUUCAGUUUCUCUCCUGGCUCUGUGUCUGUGGCCGGGAAGACCUUUCAGAGACGUGCGUCCCCGGCGCGGUCGGCUCGGCCUCGGCUCGGCCGCAGAAGGGCCUCCUCGCCGGGGCGUGCGCGGCCCCCGCUUCCGGGGCGGCCUCCGGGCGGGCGCUGCCGCGCUGCUGCUCCGUUCACGGGGAGCCUUGGGCAGGUUUUCAGGGAUUAUCCAAAUGACGCUUUUCUGUAGGAAACUUGGAAAAAUACCGGAGGGAGUGAGCGCGGCCACAAUCGCAGCACCAUUACGUGGGAGAAAACGGGGGCCGUGCUGAUCUUGAGGGCUCCGCCGAAGACCGCGCUAGGCGCGCCGGCCGAGAAGGCACCGGCAGGGGUGUCGCCCUGGGGCGGGACGGCGGUGCCCCGCCCUCCCGGGUCUGAGGGGCAGCCUCGGGCCUCUGCAGCCUCCGCCGCCUCGGGGCCAGGCUCACCUCUGACCCCUGAGCCGGGGCCGUGCCGCAGGCGCCCGCCGCGCUCCCCGCUCGGCACCCAGCGGGGGCCGGGCCGCGCCUCGGCCGACGGGCUGCUCCGCCCGCCCGCGCGGCGCCCCGGGGGCGGCGCCCGGCAGCUCCUCGCCGCCCGUCGGUCGGGGAGCCCUUCCGGCGCAGCGACCGGGCUGUUCCGAGGCGCGCGUGCCUCUGGCUGCGGCGCGGGCGGGCGGGCGGGUGGGGUGCGCUCCCCGCCGCCGCCGGGGCGGGGCCGUCGGGGCGUCCUGAGCUCCGGGGCGGCGCCGCCCGCGUGGGCUCGCCCUUUAAACUCCGCCGCGAGCCGCGGGGUGUGGGCGGCGCCGCCUCUCGGCGGGCUGUCCCCGGCGCAGCCCGCCCUCCGGAUGCCGCGGAGUCAUGAGCCGGGAGGGCGCGGGGCCCCCCGUGGUGGCCGAGGUGAUCCGAGAUCGCCUUUGUUUUGCCAUUCUCUACAGCAGACCAAAGAGUUCAUCAAAUGUACAUUAUUUCAGCAUAGAUAAUGAACUUGAAUAUGAGAACUUCUACGCAGAUUUUGGACCACUCAAUCUGGCAAUGGUUUACAGAUAUUGUUGCAAGAUAAAUAAGAAAUUAAAGUCCAUUACAAUGAUAAGGAAAAAAAUUAUUCAUUUUACUGGCUCUGAUGAGAGAAAACAAGCAAAUGCUGCUUUCCUUGUUGGAUGUUAUAUGGUUAUAUAUUUGGGGAGAACACCGGAAGAAGCAUAUAGGAUAUUAAUGUUUGGAGAUACAUCCUAUAUUCCUUUCAGAGAUGCUGCCUAUGGGAGUUGCAGUUUCUACAUUACACUUCUUGACUGUUUUUAUGCAGUAAAGAAGGCAAUGCAUUAUGGCUUCCUUAAUUUCAACUCAUUUAACCUUGAUGAAUAUGAACAUUAUGAAAAAGCAGAAAAUGGAGAUUUAAAUUGGAUAAUACCAGACCGAUUUCUUGCCUUCUGUGGACCUCAUUCAAGAACAAGACUUGAAAGUGGUUACCACCAGCAUUCUCCUGAGGCUUAUAUUCCGUAUUUUAAGAAUCACAAUGUGACUACCAUUGUCCGUCUGAAUAAAAGGAUGUAUGAUGCCAAACGCUUUACGAGUGCUGGCUUCGAUCACUAUGAUCUUUUCUUUGCGGAUGGCAGCACCCCUACUGAUGCCAUUGUCAAAGAAUUUCUGGAUAUUUGUGAAAAUGCUGAGGGUGCCGUUGCAGUACAUUGUAAAGCGGGCCUUGGCCGGACGGGCACGCUGAUAGCCUGCUACAUCAUGAAGCAUUACAGGAUGACAGCCGCUGAGACCAUUGCCUGGGUCAGAAUCUGUAGACCUGGCUCCGUGAUUGGGCCUCAGCAACAAUUUCUGGUGAUGAAACAGACAAACCUCUGGUUGGAAGGUGACUAUUUUCGUCAAAAAUUAAGGGGUCAGGAGAAUGGAAAACACAGAGCAGCUGUCUCAAAACUCCUCUUGGCUGUUGAUGACAUUUCAAUUAGUGGGGUCGAGAAUCAAGACAAGCAGGAACCCGAACUGUACAGUGAUGAUGACGAAAUCAGCGGAGUGACUCAAGGUGAUAGACUUCGGGCCCUGAAAAGCAGAAGACAAUCAAAAACAAACGCUAUUCCCCUCACAUGCUCCCUAGCUGUGCUGACCUCCGCACUGUGUAGUGUUGUCCUCUGGUGGAUUGUUUGUGACUACAUUCUCCCCAUCCUGCUAUUCGGUCUCGAUGGUUUAAGAACACAGUAGCCAUCAGGACCCUUUGACAAAUAGCUGCUGUUCCCUCCAUUUCAAGGACUAAAACAGUCUUGCGUUAAGUAAAAACCUGUGACCAGAACUGAAGGAAGACUCUAGGAACAGAAAACCACCACAAGACUUAGCACAAUUUAUCUGGAAACAAAACAAAAUUGUAAAAGCCUUAGCUGCUUUCCACCUAAGAAGUUUUUUCAAGGAAGAAAAUGUCCGCUGGAGUUUAAAUAACUACAUGAGUUUGGGUACAAGUGAAGGACUCGAAGCCUGCCCGACUCUCCUUUCUAGAAACGUCUCAAGUUUAACAACAAAAAAGCAGUUGUGCAUUUGGUCUCAGGUGUAGACAGGCAGCUCUCUGUCAGCGGGAGAGCCGGCCCGUCUGUGGCGCGUGUGCCUGUGAUGGCAAUCACUGUAGCUGCUGGCCUGCAGAAGAAUUGAGGCUCCGAUGGGGUUUUUUUACGUAUUUAUUUUCUGUUUACCCUGUGUCAAAAUUUAUAAAGAUAAAACAGGCAUUACUGAAAUGCUACUUUCUGUAAUUUGAUACUGUUUGGUUUAAUCAUCUUCACUUUCGUAUUUGUAAUACUGUCGUAAUGUUAACUUUGUUAGGUACCCAAGCUGCUUGUCUUCCACCAAAGAGUGCUUUAUUAACAAGAAUCUGUGAAAACCACAUUUAAAGACUGUUGCAUGUUGUGAUAGAAAGUGGUACUUUUCUAACCUAAACCUUGCAGGAAGAUAUUAAUGAUAGCUUUAGAAGACUCAGGAGGAGAAACUGGCAGCAUAGUGGAAAGAUUGUUGUCAGUCGUUCCUUUUUAUGUCAUUUAGGGACUGAAGAACGCCAGGGCUGCCUGCUGUUGGUUGUCCAGUCAUACAAAUAAAAACCGUAUUUCCUUCCAUGCAUAAAAACCCCACACUGUCGGGGUUUCCCCUUGGAAACAGCAAUCCCAAAUAAUGGUGGCUUUUUAAAAAUAAAAAAAAAAUUACCACUCUAUUAGGGUCUUUCUCUGUAGCAUCAUGGAUUGUUUUUGUUCUGUACCCUUUGAUUUCAGUGCCACUUAUUUGCAUCUGGAUUUCUGUUGUUUGUAAAUAAGAAACUCACUGUUGCCUUUGGUUAGAGAAUACAACUAAUAGAUCUUUCCAGAGUGCCUUCUCCCCUCAACCCUACAGAAACAGCAGAGUCUGUGAUAGAAAGCAAUCACAAAAACAGUUUGCUGCUUUAAAAAAAAAUGGGGCCCAAAAUAAAAGAAUAUUUUGCGAGCACGUUGGUCACUCCCGGGUAGGAAGUGAGUGGCUCUAGCUCUUGCUCACUGUGUGCCUGUCCUGGGUCGGAGAACAAGGGGGCGCGGUGUGGAAAGGCAAAUGCCUUCACAUCGUGAGAGGAGGGAGUCAGACCAGGAGCCACUUUCAUUUUAAAAAGCUGCCUUUUUAACAAAACUAUGAGGAAUAAGAAGUGAUUGGAAUAAACAAAUCGAAGGCUGUUAGUGGCAAAAGUAAUUGGAAGGCCACAGCUCCGUUUUGGUAUUUACUCUCUUGGAGUAAGUUGUCAGGUUGAAUGGCUUCGAGGGGAGAUGGAAGAUGCCACAGUUUUGGCCCAACAAGCAGCUCUUCCCCCCAGUCACGCUGUCUUUUAAACACUGCGGACCAGACCUCAGAAGAACUGUGGUUGUCUAUCCCUGGAAGUGAGUAGACACAGAGACCCACUUGCCUGGGGGAAGACGCUCUUUGAGAAGCUUUGGGUGGGAGGAGAAACAUUCUGUUUACUCUCUCGUGCUGGGAGACGAUACUAAAUACUCAGACUGUGCCCGGAGGUGAAACGGUGGGAUUCUCAGGGCAACUCUUCUUCCCUUUAUACUUUUAAAGGCCAUUGCCUGUAUAAAUAAUACAGGUAGUUGUGAAAAAUCAAACUUCUGUUCUUGGUUUGGCUUUUUAUUACGUCAGAACAAGCAAAUGUCUGUCUUCUUCACAGCGAAUAAGCCAUCGGUGUCUUGGCCAAGAGUGAAACAUUUGGGCUUCAGUGUUAACCACAGUGCUUUUUGUUUGACAAAUUGCCUUUUCGUGUUGGCUGCUCAUGUUUCCAAGUAGAAUUGCUAUCACUGUGACUCUUUGUAAAAGUCCUUGUAUGUAACAGGCUCCCUGGAGGCAGUCACAGGGAACUGGUGAUCUGAUACAGAAGCCCCCUCGAGCACGGGAAGGACGUGCCGUGUGUGCUUCGGGAGGGUUGCACAGCACAGUGUUAAGCGUCCUGGAGACAUGUCUAGAGUCCAGGAAGUCUCUGGGUCUGACGAUGGGAAGUUCUUCCUGCUGUGAAUCAGAGUGGACUCUUUCCUCCCCCAGCUGAAACUCCCUCACGCCCACAAUCUAACUUUGAGUCCUUGUCACAGAAGACCUUGUUGCUAUGGAAUAUGAAAGAGGACAUGUCAGAUGGAGAGAUUCCUUUAACUUAAGAGCCUUAAAUAGCUUUGAAAGUACACCUCGACAGUUUCCAUUGGAAUUAAAGUUAGAAAUGAAUAUUUCUCGGUGCCCUCAGAGCAUUCUGGGGACUCAAAUCAGCGAGAGUCUGAAGGAAGGGUGUCUGCAGAACUGGGUACCUAGCAGCAGAGACAGACUUCGAUUUUGUAAUGCUAAAGAAACCUGGGAAGCUGUCCUCACUGUCCGUGAGGGGCUCGGUCCUGAGCAGUGCCUCACUAUGCAGGUAGCCUUACUCGUCAUAUGUAGCUGCUUCCGCGCGGCCCGCUGCUCUUGUGUCCAGAGACUCUGCUCUAACUUGAUCCCCUCAGCCUGCCAGCCCUCGCUGCCUCCCCUGCCCUCCUCCCCCACUCACAGGGGUGAUUUCUACCUCUUUUCUUGGGCCCAGGUAAGUUUUGGAGGAGUCCCCCAGUGUUCUCACGAGGCGAGUGUGUUGGCCUUGGGACUGGAGACCGGGGCCUUAGUGCCGUGCGACCCAGGCGUCCUGGGUGGCGUGUGCCAAGAGCUCCUGGAGCCUCUGCUUCGCUCGAGUGACCAUUCAUGGCAGAUGACAAUGCGCUCCUUGAUGUUUGUUUUGAAAGUAGCUUAACUGCUUCUCUUCAUACAUUUUUAAAAGUAAUCAUUGCAUUUCAGAAAGCAGUGCUCAUCGAAAACAACUUGAAAAACAUAUCCUCGUCCUUUAAUAGCUCUCUGCCACAAAAGCUGUCCUGGUGAGGCUAGCCGCUGCUCUUCCGUCUCUCCUCAGUCUGGGUAUCUCCGCAUCGCUAAGGGAGACGUGCAGACGUGUGUGAAAGCCUGGACGGUUCGCCUCUACUGUGUAGGAAAUUACUUCCUUCAUUGCCCGGUAGAAUUCACUGUCAGCAGACAUGUUCAUCUAUUAUAGUACUGCGGUUUUAUAUUAAUAAUUUGCAGACUUUUAUCUAACUUACACUCAUGUACAGAUUAUUAAAAGUUUUAAAAUGUAACUGAUUAAUCAGUAUUUGAUCAGUCUUGUUUUUUUCAAUUAAACUGUAUAUUUCUAAUCAUAUUUUAUAAAGCUGAGAGAAGUGGUUGAAUGACUGUUUAUUUUCCUGAAGGGAUUUUUAAGAUAAAGCUUCAUAAUGGCCUGUAAACUUUGCAUUAUCUAUUAGUUUGAUACAUAUUGUUGCAUUUGAAAAUAUUGUGCAUUGUAACUGGUUUUAUACAGAAUAUUGAAUAGUGGAAGUUGUAUAAUUGUAAUCAUGUAAUUAAAAGUAUUAACCAA